AUGGCUGCUCACGUCGGAAUCGGGCAGUCCAUCCCAUCUCCCCCUCCAGCUUACCUCCCAUCUUCUCCUCCGUUAUCCUCGGACCAGUCUACUCCUCGGACAACACCCCACAGGCCUCAUAGUCUGCAAAUCACCCGCAAACCUAUCUCGGGGGAGUCACCAGAUUCGCCCGUGAUCCAUCAUUCGCCUCUAUCGCCGGUCAAGAUAGCCCACGGGGUAGAGCUGCCCCAGGCGUCCAGUGCUCGGAUCGAGAAUCCGCACAAUGGGCGCCCAUCACCCCAACUAGAGCUCCCCGAGUUUGCGGUCAUGACCCUCGAUGAUCCUGCAGAGCCACAGCAGGCUUGGAACCCUUCAUACCCACUACGACGGGACUCAAAUCAAACACCGUAUUAUAUCCCACAGCAUUCGUUCGGCCAUACUCCUGCCAGUAGCGGCUCGUGGUCAGUGGUGGACAACCAGCUCAAAGACGAGGCCAAUGCCAAUCCCAAGAAGAGCGCCUCGUCGCCUGAACGAGAGGGGCGAAGCCACAAUAGUUCUUCUCGCGGCAGCUUAGAAAGUGUUGCUCAAACUUCCGACAGCUAUGAGCCUCUUCAGUACCAUCACCAGCAGCUUGAAAACACACAGGCCACUCGGCCAUCGACAUUGAGAGUGAGCUCGGCGGACAAUCCGUCUGCUUCAACCGGGAACUUGGCUGUUAGGAAAUCACGCCUUUCACGGCCAUUGUCACAGAACUCCUCCGGUUCUGAUGCGGGUGCUGGAAAUCACCGACGCAAUCUAUCGGCAUCUCCGUAUCUUUACGGUCAAUCACCUUCACGACACUCCACUGUUUCUCCAGACACUCGCUCUGUCUCUGUCCUCGAUCUUUUAAAUACAUCUUACCCCCAACCAGGCCCGACCGUGACCUCAUUCGACAAUUCGCGCCUCCGCUCAUCUGUAGGAAACAAUGCGUCGUUGCUUAGCCACAAGCAGACAUUUGAGAUGUACCUUGCGAACGUGAAGAAAACAGACGAACCAGCCGUGCAAUACGAGUUCGCAGUGUUCAUGAUCAAUUCAAUGCGAGAGAUGCCCAACGUCGACCUCGAAGACUCGAGCUCAAUCACUCGCCAAAGGCUUUCUCGCGAAUCCAAGUCCAUUCUCCAACGCCUCUCUGAUCGCAGCUACCCCUUCGCACAGUACUAUCUCGCCGACGGCUACGCUUCUGGUUUGUUCAGCAAAGACAAAGAAGACUACGAACGAGCUUUCCCCUUAUUCCUGGCCGCCAGCAAACACGGUCACAUCGAAGCCUGUUACCGCACAGCACUAUGCUACGAGUUCGGCUGGGGCUGUCGAGCAGAGGGCGGACGCGCAGUCCAAUUCUACCGCCAAGCCGCAUCCAAAAACCACCCCGGCGCAAUGCUCCGUAUGGCCAAGGCAUGUCUGGCAGGCGACAUGGGACUGGGAAAGCGGUACCGUGAAGGCAUCAAGUGGAUGAAGCGGGCGACCGAGUCUUCCGACGCGCAGUACAACUCCGCACCUUAUGAACUCGGCGUGAUGCACGAGACCGGCUUUGGUGACGACGUGUUUCCGGAUGAAUCGUAUGCAGCGCAGCUUUUAACCAAGUCAGCUGAGCUGGGUCAUGCCGAGGCGAACUAUCGAAUGGGCGAUGCCUAUGAGCAUGGAAAGCUGAAUUGUCCGCGUGAUCCUGCUUUGAGUAUUCACUUUUACACGACUGCGGCGCAGAGCGGUCAUCCUUUGGCUAUGAUGGCUCUUUGUGCUUGGUACCUUGUAGGAGCCGAGCCUGUGCUUGAGAAAGACGAGAAUGAGGCAUAUGAAUGGGCUGCACGGGCUGCUGCGACUGGUCUUGCGAAAGCCCAAUACGCCGUCGGCUACUUCACCGAAAUGGGCAUCGGCUGCCGCCGCGACGUACUCGAAGCAAACGUGUUUUACGUUAAAGCGGCCGACCAAGGCGACGAGCGAGCGAAACACCGCAUUGCAGCCAUCAGAGCUGCAGCAGAUGGAGCCAACCCGGCCAUGACAGGCCGGCAUGGCGGAAGAUUCCGAAAAUCUGGUCCAAAGAGCCAAGAAGGCGAUAAAACCAAACAAAAACGCUUCGUCAUAUUCUGA